GGACCGUUGGGGCGGGCGGCGGCGGCGGCGGCGGCGGCGCGCGCUGCGGGCAGUGAGUGUGGAGGCGCGGACGCGCGACGGAGCUCGAGCUGCUGCAGUUGCUGCCGCCGCCGGAGGAACCUCGAUCUCCGCGCUCCGGACGCCCCGGGCCUCGCUAUGGCUGACCAGCUGACAGAGGAGCAGAUCGCAGAGUUCAAGGAGGCCUUCUCCCUCUUCGACAAGGAUGGAGACGGCACGAUCACCACCAAGGAGCUGGGGACAGUGAUGAGAUCCUUAGGACAGAACCCCACUGAAGCAGAGCUGCAGGACAUGAUCAACGAGGUGGACGCGGAUGGGAACGGCACCAUCGACUUCCCGGAGUUCCUGACCAUGAUGGCCAGGAAGAUGAAGGACACGGACAGCGAGGAGGAGAUCCGAGAGGCCUUCCGUGUCUUUGACAAGGACGGCAAUGGCUACAUCAGCGCCGCAGAGCUGCGCCACGUAAUGACGAACCUGGGGGAGAAGCUGACCGACGAGGAAGUGGACGAGAUGAUCAGAGAGGCUGACAUCGACGGAGACGGCCAGGUCAAUUAUGAAGAGUUUGUACAGAUGAUGACCGCCAAGUGAAGGCCCCGGGCAGCUGGCGAUGCCCGUUCUCUCGAUCUCUUUCUUCUCGCGCGCGCACUGUCUCUUCCAUACUCCCCUGCGUACCCCGGUUCUAGCAAACACCAACUGAUUGACUGAGAAUCUGAUAAAGCAACAAAAGAUGUGUCCCAAGCUGCAUGACUGCUCUUUCUUCUCCCUCCCGGAGUCUCCUCCCACACCCUCAUCUCUUCCUCUCCCCUGCCCCUUCCAUCGCAUCUUCCAGGCCUGAGGCAUUCACACAAGGAGCCCCCGUCCCCCUCAGGGGAGCCUCUGCCCUCCUCCUCCAGCCCGGGUGGCUCUCCUCCGUUUCCGUUUAUUUCCUCCCGUUUGUCAUCUUACGUUGGGUGCUGGGGUGGCUGCCAGCCCUGUCCCUGGACCUGCGGGGGGCGCCGAGGCCCUCCCCCAGGCAGAAGAGCAUGCCUUUCACUGUUGCAUGCAACCAGCCCUGUGAGUCCAUGUGCAAAUCCCAGCGGCCUUUGGGGGCAGGCGUGCCCAGCGAGGCUUCCAGAAGCACUGAGGGGGAUUGAGGAGUUGUGGUGUUAACUGGAUGUGGCCCAGGAGCGGGUCGAGAGGCCAGGGAGUCUUGGAAGCUGGCAUUGUUACCGCUUGCGGAGGCAGCCACCAGGGGACAGACGGAGUGGACCACACUCGGAUCCCCUUGGCUGCCAUUCUGAAACCACCGGAUUGGCUUCCUGAGGUCGGGCUGGGCGCGCUGCUCAGUUGGCCGCUCUGCAAAUUGUCCGCGCCCGCGUUCCUGAAGCAUCUUUGUAAGCUGGGCUGUGAAUACCUGGUGCUAACAUCCCGGGCCACUCCCUCGCGACGCACCUGCCCCCCCACAUUGAGGUCCCCUCGUGGGGACACAUGUGGAGACAGCUGCUUUGUAAUGUCCUGGUUAUCCUUUUGGGUUUUUUUAUGCCCCUUAAAACUUGCAUUUUGUCCGAAACCUUGCCAGGCUAGCUGAAGGGUGGGGAGAGGGAAGAUGCGCCCCACCACGCGCUCGGGAGAACAUACCUGCAAUAAAACAAGCUUGGCGGCUGGCUGCCCGGAGCACCGGCAACCGGGGGCAGCUCUGUCCUGGUCGCCGGCCCCUCCCGCUUCUCUGUGGUGACUCGGCUGGCUCCCUCCAUCUGUGCUGUCCUCUCCCCGCCUCUGCCCUCACCCGCCUGCCUGCCCCCACGCUCCCCAGCGGAGAGCAUGAUCCGUGACCUUGCUUCUGACCUUCGCCUCUGGGACAAGUAAGUCAAUGUGGGCAGUUCGGUCAUCUGGAUUUUGUGUCCUUUUUCCGUUCAUUUCAUCUGCCCCCUCCCCCCCAACCCAGGUUGAUCAAGUGGCUUUUCCUGGGACCUGCCCAGCUUGGAGAGUCUCUCCCCAUCCCUGCUCUGGCACCCAGACUCGGGGGAGGGGAAGUGGGGAGGGCCUGGUGGGAGACCCGGCCAAGAGCUGAGGGUAAGGGCAGGUAGGCAUGAGGCUGUGGACAUUUUCGGAGUGUUUCGGUUUUGGGUUUGUGUUUUUUUUUUUUUUAAACCGGGCAAUAUUGUGUUCAAGCUGUGAAGAAAAAUAUAUAUCAAUGUUUUCCAAUAAAAUACAGUGACUACCUGA